GUCGCCAACGAUGCAAUGCCUCGUUUUACUGAUGAACUCUGCUCAUAGGCACCCUGUAAGUGCCGCGGUCACUUCAGGCGGUACCGGUAUCGUUUACUCAGACAGAUGCAAAAUCUUUGGUAAAGAUCACACGAAGGACCCAAGGAAUCGGUAAAGACGGGACUCGAGGGCUUUAUGUUUACCGAGGAGAAGCUGGAGAGGAAGCUGGAGCCAUGGGUUUCUCCCUCAGCCUUCGAUGAAUUAAGCUAAGCUGGACCCUCACGACUCAGCCAACCCACCCCUGCCUGCAGGGGGGGCCCCCCUGUCCCCAUCGCCUUCUCCAGCAAUGGCAGGCUUCAAGCGGGGCUAUGAUGGCAAGAUUGCCGGCCUGUAUGAUCUGGACAAGACGCUGGGCCGUGGCCACUUUGCUGUCGUCAAGCUGGCACGCCACGUCUUCACUGGGGAGAAAGUGGCAGUAAAAGUGAUUGACAAGACUAAACUGGACACUGUGGCCACAGGCCACCUAUUCCAGGAAGUCCGCUGCAUGAAGCUGGUCCAGCACCCCAACAUAGUGCGCUUGUAUGAAGUCAUAGACACUCAGACAAAGCUCUACCUCAUCUUGGAGCUUGGCGAUGGGGGGGACAUGUUUGACUACAUCAUGAAACAUGAGGAGGGUCUGAAUGAAGAGCUGGCGAAGAAAUAUUUUGCCCAGAUUGUCCAUGCUAUAUCCUACUGCCAUCGGCUGCAUGUGGUGCACAGGGACCUUAAGCCGGAGAAUGUGGUUUUCUUUGAGAAACAAGGACUGGUCAAGCUCACCGACUUUGGCUUCAGUAACAAGUUUCAGCCUGGGAAAAAGCUGACGACCAGUUGUGGAUCUCUGGCAUACUCGGCACCGGAAAUACUGCUGGGUGAUGAGUAUGAUGCUCCAGCCGUAGAUAUUUGGAGCCUUGGUGUGAUCCUGUUCAUGUUGGUAUGCGGCCAGCCACCCUUCCAGGAGGCAAAUGACAGUGAGACCCUCACCAUGAUUAUGGACUGUAAAUACACUGUACCAUCCCACGUCUCCAGUGCCUGCAAAGAUCUUAUAGAUCGAAUGCUUCAGAGAGAUCCUAAGCGACGGGCCUCUCUAGAGGAGAUUGAGACCCACGCCUGGCUGCAGGGGGUUGACCCGUCUCCAGCCACCAAGUACAACACUCCCCUGGUUUCCCACAAGAAUCUGUCAGAGGAGGAACACAACAGCAUCAUCCAGCGCAUGGUACUAGGAGACAUCGCUGACCGAGAGGCCAUAGUCGAAGCUCUGGAGACCAACAAAUACAACCACAUUACAGCCACUUACUACCUUCUAGCUGAGAGGAUCCUGAGGGAGAAGCAGGAGAAGGAGGUCCAGACACGCUCGUCCAGCCCCAGCAACAUUAAGGCACACUUCAGGCAGUCAUGGCCAACCAGAGUGGACAUGCACCAGGACAUAGAAGACAGUCUGGCAGCCUCCUCUAUCUCCCACGCUGGAGGCCCUCAGUCUCCAGCCCGCAGUGCUGAGAACCUGCUCAACGGACAUCGCUCCAAAGGCAUGAUGGAGCUGGGCCGACGAGAGGAAACAACAGUGACAGACUCUCCAACACCGCCCCCGCAGGGAGCAUGUGCUGCUGCUGCCUCAGGUCUUCCUCCUGGGUCCAGUUCAGGGUCUAUCAGGGCCCCUCCACCGCCCACCUCAGCAACAGCCAAGCAGAGAACCUGCCUGUUCAGGGUGGAGGAGGAUGAGGAGGAGGAGGACGAGCAGGACCCAUCGCCCCUCCCCACACAGGUAAUUCUUCGCCGUAAGCCUCCAUCCAUCACCAACCGCCUCACCUCCAGGAAGAGCGCUCCUGUACUCAACCAGAUCUUUGAGGAGGAGGGGGAGUCAGACGACGAGUUCGACAUGGACGAGGGCCUGCCGCCUAAACUCUCCCGUCUCAAGAUGAACAUGGCUGGGAACGCCGGAAACCUCAGCUCUGGGGCUGGCUCCUCCUCGUCCCCCGGGUCCACGCAGAAACGGUACCACCGCCGUAAGAGCCAGGGGAGGGGGUCGUCAUGUUCCAGCUCAGAGACUAGCGAUGAUGACUCAGAGAGCCACCGCAGGCGUCUGGAUAAAGACUCGGGCUUCGGUUACGGCUGGAACAGAAGGGACAGCAGCGAGGGACCCCCAGGGAGCUCAGGAGGAGGCAGCAGCUCUGGUCAGAGUAAACCUCCUGGAGAGGGGGGCGGAGCCUCUGGUCCAGACAGGGGGAGUCCUCCUGGAGGGGGUGAGAACGGAGGGGGUGGCGGUGGAGGUGGAGGAGGGAGUGGAGGAGGAGGCGGGGGCAAUAAAGGACAGGACAGCCCCUCUUCAUGUUGUAAUAACAGCAGCACGACUAACCCUGCCCUCAACUCUACGACCCGCUCGUCCCGCACCGCCAGCCGCAGCAGCGAGCUGGUGGAGAGUCUGAAACUCAUGAGUCUGUGCCUCAGCUCCCAGCUGCAGCAGCACCGCGGGGGGCGGGGUGGGCGAGGAGGAGGAGGAGGUGCAGGAGGGGGGAAGUUCAUCAUUGACCCGAACAGUCUGUCAGGAGGGAGCGUGAAGAUCCAGGAGAAAUCCGCCUGGAGGAUGUGCAUUGGCUCCACCGGGAGCCUGGACACCAUCACCCUCCCCACCACCGCUCUGCCUCGGACCCACUCCACCCCACACCACCACCGCAAAACAGCAGGGUACGGCCCCCCCGGCCCGCCGGGCACCAGGGACGCUCACAGUAACCUGAGUGCUCUGAAAAACGGCGUGCUUCAACUACCUCUGUGUGAGAAGACCAUCUCGGUCAACAUUCAGCGGGGUGGGGGCUCCAGAGACGGCCUGCUCUGUACCUCAGCACCCGCCAGCUGCUGCCAGGUCAUCUGAAGCCCCUUCCCCACCAGCUGAACACCAACCUCCAACCUCCAUGUCCUCCCCUGAAUCUCUCCUCACGCUCCCAUCAUCAGUCUGAACACUCCGCCUCUUCUUCUUGUGUUUAUCUACAGCAGGUGUCUGACCUGGUGUCACGUCUCCAUCAGCACUCCUGCCUCCAGCUGCUGCCUCAGCUCUCAGCUCUGCACGGCGCCACGUCGCCUCACUGUCACUCUCUUUUAGCUAUUUUUGUACUUUUCUUACUUUUUCCACUCAGCAUUGUUCCUUCUUUUGUCGCCAGCUGCUUUUUGAGUAAUGAAUGUAAUAUUUUUACAGUAAUGAAAACUAUCUUCAAGUUGAUUUUAAACUAAACUUACUUAACAGGGGAUGGAAAACAACAGUAGGAUGUACGCUUAUUUCAACAGUCCACUCCUAAUGGCGUGAAAAAUAUCAAAAUAUAUCUAAGAAACAUGUUUAAACAGAAAGAAGGACAUUUGUAAAGCUCUGUCUAGUCCUGGUAAUUAUAUUAAACAUACUGUGUUUAAAAUACUAUUUCUUUAGUAGUUUGCAAGUAUUUUAAAAAUUAUGAAGAAUCUUUGUCAUGGCCAAAUUUAUCCUAAUACCUUACCAUUUAAAUAUAAAUUCUUUCUUUUUACUCUGAAAUGUCCGAUUAGGAUUUUUUUUAUUGUCCAGUAAAUUUUAUUGGAACAGCAUUAAAUUGACUAUGUUCCCCACACAAAAUAAUAACAAGAAAAGCUAAUGAAAUGAUCAAAAACAUGUGAAACAAUGUGAACAGUUCCAACAAGUUGAAAGAAACAAAAAAUUUUUAGCCAAUCAGAGUCUUUCGACAGUUUAGUCAGACUAAAACUGCCUCAGUCUGAUUAGACUUGAUUGGCUUAUCUGCUCAGAAUAGGUGUAAUGGACUCUGAUUCAGAGGCAUAAAUGUCUAGCAUAUCAUAAGAUGUAUUGACAUCAUCCUAAGGAUAUCAUUAUAAGCUAGAGAGAUAGCAUGCAUCAUAUUUUAUACUAAAGGUAAAGCACUGAGUGAAAAAAAACAACUUUAACAAGCUUUAAAGUUUGUCCAUAUAGUACAUGUUGGACAUACAGCCUGUGUGCUGCUUGUUAGCUCGUUAGCAUGGUCAGAAGAAGGUUAUUAGCUAAAAUAGGGCUCAUAUCAUCCCCUACCAUAGAGGAGAGGUGCCUGUGAACUGGGACAAGGACUGUAGUCCACUUAAAUAUCCUGACUGAGCUAGAGCUGUAGCUCAGUUUAGUUCUGACUGUUUGAAAGCUGUUCAUUCUAACUUUAAUACUUAAUUAUGUUUUAUUUUUUGCCAUAAUUCCAAGUCUUGACUUUUUACACAUAGGGCCAGUUCCAUUUUUACCCCUUUGCUUUCUCCUUGCCCCUUAAAGCAGAGUGGUAAGGGGAAGCGCUGAAAACCUUCCCUUUAGAAAUGGGACGCCACUUCACUGCUGCAUCAUCAGAGGUGAUAAAGCUUCAACGAUCAUGUUCAUACUUUGGAUCUCAGUGUUGAUCUUCAACACAGUUAAUAGCCCUCGUUUACACGCGUACGCACCGAAAAUACAAUCAACUCCCAUCCCUAGUAGUCAAAGAUUGAAUAAAUGAGAAAGACUUGACUGUUUUUUCAAUAAUCAUUUAUAAAUGCUGAAAAUAUUUACAUUUGCACGCCUCCUUCCUCCGUUGUGCCAUUUUGCAAGUGAAUGCAGUGCAUUGUUGGAAAUUCAUCGUACCCCUUGGUUUCAAGUGUGGUCCAAAAAAUCUUUGUUUCAAGGGUUAGCCCUAGCCCUUGAUUCAAAAGCAAACUGGGACUCCUCUGCAACUGGCAUGAAUGUGUAACCAAAGGGAAGGGCGAAGAGGUUGAGAUGGGAUUGGCCCAUAGAGCAUGUGUAGAUAAUACGCUAUGAAGAUGCCACGUACUCUGAGUUUUAACUUUCCUCAAGCAUGACUUCAUCUUUAAAAAAACUAAACUCAAGUUUAAAAUGAUUGUCUCGAAACAUUCUGACUUAUUCACGUUUCUCUUUUAAAGAUUAACUUUCUUUUAAAAGUAACGCAAAGAGCAUAUGUCAAUCUAAAAUCCUUUAAGGCUUUUUUAUUGUUUAGAUAUCAAAGUAAGAUGUUUUUGCUCUUAAACUGACAACUUCUCGCUCUAAUAUGUCCUUACACUGUAUGGUGCCUGUCAGUAGCUGGUUGCAACCUUGGAUCUCUACCAGAGUGAUGUGAACAGUGAGAGUGCUGAGCUGAAGCAGGCAGCAGACUGGAGGAGGAAAGAGAAACAGACACCUUACACUCCCACCACCCCUGACCUCUGACCUCUAUCAGAUGGAUCCUAGCCUGGAUUAAACAUGGAUGUCUUUGACCACUUCUGACAAGCUUUUCAUUUGGACUCCAGUCUGAACUCCACGUUGCACUCAGACAAUCUCUGUUAUGUUGUUUUGAUGUUUUUUAAAUUAUCUUUGAGUAACUUUUUUUAUUCACAACUGCAACAUUUACUCUCUUUAUCUGUCAAAACCCUUUAAAUUUGAAAGUGUCUCUUUUUUUGAGGCAGCCCAGUUUUGGCAUUAAAGAUGGGACAGAUUUUAAAGUUUUAUCAAAGUGUGUGCGUGCACUCCUCUGGGGCAGCAAACGUGAUAAUAUUUCUACUGUAGCAACGUAGUGCUAACCACCACCAGGUUUGAGUAUGUUACUGCUGACCAUAUAUUUAAAAUCUUAUUUUUAUAUUCAUAUUUUUAUGUGUUGCUGAUAGAGAACAUUACUGGUGUGUCUGAAAAAACAAACUAUCGUGGAAAAGUUCAUCUUUUUUUUCUGUAAUUUCACUCAAAAAGUUAAACUUUUAAGUAUAUUCUAAAUUAAUUACACAUGACGUGAAGUAUCUCAUGCUCUUUUUUGUUUUAAUCUUGAUGAUUAUACCUUGCCACUCUCACAAAGAAAUCACACCUGUUCACUCCAAAUUCACAAGGCUUCUAUGAAGAGGGGCCAUCAGUAUUAACAAGUCCCAUCCGUACACACUGAAACCCCGCUGAUGCGUUUAGAGUUGAGUGUCUUACCCAUCGAUAAGUGACUGUAGAGGCUGGAGAGCGGCAUCCCCAACAUUUGUGGUUAAGAUGACUUUACCUACUGAGGUCUACUGCUCAAAAUGUUACAUCUGCAUGAAUUACUGCAUAGCUGUAAGGAAAAUAGAGGCGAUCAGUCUGUGGCACUGCUGAGGCGUUCUGAAGCUCACGUUGCUCUGAUAGCCUCCAGCUCAUCUGUGUUAGCUCUGCUGUCUCUCAUCUUCCAUUUGACAAUAGUGCAUAGAUUCUUUACAGCGGGAGUCAUGAAUUAUUAUUCUACCAGGUCCAGUUCAAGAACAUUUGCUUAAACAUGCAGUCUGUAAAAUUCUGCCAACAGAGGGCGCUCAACCCAAACAUUAACAUAGUAUAACCAGUACAGACCAUCACUGUCCAGCUCCACCAAUCUGCUUACUUCUUCUUUUGAACUGAGGACUCUGUUUCAUAAAAACAGGACUUCAUGAGGUGCAUUUACUAAAUAGAAACUAACUUUUUGUUUUCGUUGUUAAAUUUCUUCUAAUGACAGAGAAAUGCACUUUAAAGUGCGCUACAGCAUUAAUGCAGAAGUUGGUUUUCUAGUUGGUAAAUUCACCUUAUGAGGUGUAUUUUGUUGAGCAGAGUCUUUAAUAGUCGUGGCUGCAGAGGUAGGCGGCACUGGGUAGUGCGGGUCACACCUUGCUGUACAUGCCCAGUGUGGGGGCACUCUGUUUUAGUGAGGUGAGUUUGGUUUGGAUGAAAUCUUAUAACAAGACAUGUCCUGUCACAGUUCUAGGAAAUAUUAGAGAUACUGCAAAAACCAGUUAAAAAAUUAUAUAACAUUAGAAUGGUAAUUCUUAAAACUAAUAUAGAUAUUUCAGUCCAUAAAUUCUGCAUAUUGUACAUUUAAGUGAAGGUUUGGAAUAUCAUGUCAUCUAAACCAGUGGUUCUCAACUGGACUAGCCUUGGGACCCACCGCAGGUUCCAUAAUGCCACAUUUGUGACCCAAAUUUCUGAUAUAUUUUUUCAAUUAAUUAAUUAACUCUUCAGACCCCAGAUAGAAAUGGGACAGAACAGAGAUUCAAGAUAAUAUGACAUAAAAAUCAUAUGAAGAACAAAAUUCCCAGCAAAGGCAAAGUAUCAAAGAAGAUUUCUGAAAGUUACUGAGGAAAAAAAUUCCAGAUAAAAUCCAGAGCACUUGGGCCCGUCCUUAAAUAACACUGAAUAACAAACAAUGUUAGAAUGAACUGGAGUGUAUUCUAAAAAUGAAAUGACACUAAUAGAACAAUACAAACAAAAUAUUAAAUUAUUUUAUUGUGAAAGGAAAAAUAAGUUUUGUUUUAUAAAGAAAAUAUUUUCAGAUAGCUUUCUGGAAUUAAAAAAAUCUUAAUUUUAGAAAAAUAGAAGGUGGUGUGCUGGUUUACCUAGAGCUGGUGUGUUGGGUUUUUUAGUUAUUCAUUUUCAUAAACAAUCUUUAAUUUAAAAUCCCAGGAAAUAACAAAUUUCUUUCCACAGUUACACUUUCUCUUUUGUGAUGGAAAAUAAUCUAAACUUGUUCUGUGAACAUUUUAAAUUUAACUUAACUGUAUCAGAAAACCUCUGUGCCAGUGAAGAGGGAGUGUUGGUCAGCGAUUUAUCGUGUCCUUCUUCAUAAGAAGCUUAAACCCCUUAAAGGCUGUUCAAAUAAUAGCGAGAAAAUUCUCAUUUGUUGUAACUGAAAUAUUUAUUUAACCUUCUACCCAAAUCCAAAAAAAGAAAAAAAGCCAUGAAAUUACAUAAAUGUAUUUUUGUAUCACAUUUGAUACAUCAUUUAACUGCCUGUAUUAAAAAGAUAUUAAAGUAAUUUAUUGAUCAUUUUGAUUAGAUAGAGGUCCCAUAAAAGUGUUUAUCAAAUAUGAUACAGGCAUGUAGGGGUUAAAUCUGUUAGUCAGAGUGGUUGCUCAAAGCUCAAAUGUAAAAUAUAACUGUGUUAAUAAUCCUAAAUGCAUUUAAACAUACAAAGUAUGUUGAUUUAAACCACCUUUAUGAAGAACAAAUGUAUAACAGCCAAUCCAUUCUCAAUUUAAAAUCUUUUUUUCUGAUUUAAAAGUAAGUCCUAUUAAAAGGUUUCUGGCUUCAUUGUGGGCAGGUGUGAAGUCCUGCUGGGAAAGGAAACCAGCGCCUGUAGAGCUGAAUACAGAGAGCUUAAAACCCUCUGAUAGACGGGUAGAGAGACAGCAGAGCCAACAACACAAACGAGCUGACGGCAGCACUGAUGCAGUCAUUUAUGCAUAAUAAAUCCUUUGUGGUUGUUUUUAUGUGAUAGUCUGAUAUUUUGCGAUCCUGGAGUUUUUCUUUUUAUGAGCUGUAGGCAAAAAUUAACAAGAAUUAAACAAAUAAGGCUUGAAAUAUGUGACUUCAUGUGUAAUCAAUGUAGAAUACAUGAAAGUUGACUUUCAAAUGAACUUUUCUAUGACAUUCUAAUUUUCUGGAUUCACCUGUAGUCGUCACACCAUCAACAUCCAGUUGGUUUGAUCUGAUUUGACCUCUGUUGACGUCCCGUCGUCCCGCCUGCUCCCACAUGUCACCCAAAGCUCUCUGCACAUGUGGGCGCAGCGUGCGGACUUGUGUAUGGAGUUUGUAUAUACAGUACAUGGAAAAGUCAAAGUUUAUUUUUAAAACUUGUACAUUUUUUUGAGCUGUUUGAAAACAUAGACAGCGGCCUCAGUGACGUUUUAUCGAACUCACGUGAUAAAAAAAAAAAAGCUCACAACUCGCAGCUCGAUCGAGGCUGGCCAAGAGAGGAACAAAAGAAAGAAAGAAGGAAGGAAGGGGAACUUCUCUAAGGGCAUUGGCAAUAAGCUAUCCGUGUGUUGCAGCUAUCUGUAUAAAAAUGUGUUCUUUUUUGAAAUUCCUUUUAACGGCCAUAUUGGACUGAAAAGAAAAAAAGGAAAAGCUAUGUUUGAAUAUUUUUUGUCUUUGGUUGUUGUCUGAGUUUUCUUUUAAACCCGUUGUAAAUACUGAUGUAAAUAUGGUGCUCUUUCUCUAGAACAGCCGAGUGAACCCUUUGGUGCAUAGCUGUACAGUAAUAGCCUUAUAAUAAUAAUAAUAGUAAUACUGUAUGGGUGUCUGAGCUAAAAAUCAAGCCGUGUGAGAAAAAAACAACGCGGUUUUCUUCAUACUGUCGGGUCUCUUUGACUGUCGUCUUACUCAGCUGUAUCCAGGUGAAUGACGUGCAUGUGUUUCAAUGUUUGACAUUCAGUGACACACAGGAGAGAGAGUCAGCCACAGAAAUGUUACUGGACCAAAAAAACAACAGAAGAAGAAAAAAAGAGGAGAUGGAAGUGAGAAAUAUUCAGUGUAUUAUUCUGUAGUUGAUACCUGUCGUCAGAAGUUACAUAUAGCUAUGGUAAUAUCCAAAAAUAAAACGUGGAAUACUGUC